CAGACCCACGAGCUCAAGCCCAGCUCAUCGCUCACUCAUUGUGUGGUCCUGGACAAACUGCCAAGCUCCUUCCGCUGCGGCUCCUCACCUGGAAGGGAGAGGGGAACAGCAAGGCUCCGAGGGUUGCCGUGGAGAUUGGCAGAGGUCAACCCACAGAGGUCAACCCACAGGUGGCCCUGGAGGUGCUGGCUGGAUCGGCAUGGCUGCUGUCCCCUGACACCAGCACAGCCUGUUUCCCUCCGCAGAUGUCAGGCCCGACUCCUGCUGCCUGCUCUGCACCUGCCGGGGCCUGUUCAGAAGAGGCUCUUCACCCCCGCACUGAAUGCAGAGAUCAGAUCACCUGCUGUAGCAGGUGCCAGGACAUUAUUCCUCUUCACGGCUGAAUAAGAUUCCACUGUACAGGUGGACCACAUUUUGUUUAUCAUCUCUCAGCAACGUGGCAUGCAUAAAGCAGCAACAAUGACAAUGGCCAUGGCCCAGCAUCUCCGGUGACAUGGACGGAGCUCACCAUCAUCCUGUUCAUCUAGACUUGGGGCCCCACCCACCCACAUUUCAUCUGCCACUGCUUCACAAGCCUUCUCUGCCAUUCCACUUGGCCUUCCCUGGGGCCCAGUUCCCCAGGUUCACAUCGGACUCUAACGGGAGGCGACCUAUCUGUAAAACGUAUUCUGGCUGCUCUUCAGGUUGGAGCAGGUGCGGGGAGCUGUGGAGUGCAGGAACAACAACUACAACAAAAUCUGCAAAUCUGAGAAGCAAACCAUGAAGGUCAAGGAAAAGGAAGCGGCCGAAAACAGAGAAAGCCAUGUGGCGAGAAAGAAAGCGAGGUGGACCUGCUCGCUCCUGGGGGCCUCGCUCGUGGGGGCCUUCGGCUCCUCCUUCCUCUACGGCUACAACCUUUCGGUGGUCAACGCCCCCACCCCGUACAUCAAGGCCUUUUACAAUGCCUCGUGGCAGAGAAGACACGGACAGCCAAUAGGCGCGGACACGCUGACGCUGCUCUGGUCUCUGACUGUGUCCAUAUUCGCCAUCGGAGGACUUGUGGGGACGUUCAUGGUGAAGGGGAUCGGAAAGUUCCUUGGGAGGAAGUCCACUUUGCUGGCCAACAAUGGGUUUGCCAUCGCCGCGGCGUUGCUGAUGACCUGCGCUCUCCAGGCAGGAGCCUUUGAGAUGCUCAUUGUGGGCCGCUUCGUCAUGGGUGUGGAUGGAGGCAUCGCCCUCAGCGCGCUCCCCAUGUACCUGAGCGAGAUCUCGCCCAAGGAGAAGCGCGGCUCCCUGGGGCAGGUGACCGCCGUCUUCAUCUGCAUCGGUGUGCUCGCUGGGCAGCUGCUGGGCCUGCCGCAGCUCCUGGGGAAGGAAAGUACCUGGCCAUACCUGUUUGGCGUGAUCAUGGUGCCCGCCUUCAUCCAGCUGUUGACCCUGCCGUGCCUCCCUGAGAGCCCGUGCUACCUGCUGCUGGAGAAGCAUGACGAGGAGGGAGCUGUGAAAGCCUUCCAGAUGCUCCUGGGCCGAGUAGAUGUCUCCCAGGAGGUGGAGGAGGCCCUGGCCGAGAGCCGCGUGCACAGGAACACCCGCCCGGUGUCCAUCCUGGAGCUGCUCCGGUGUCCCUUCGCCCGCUGGCAGGUGGUCACCGUGGUCAUCACCAUGGCCUGCUACCAGCUCUGUGGCCUCAAUGCGAUCUGGUUCUACACGAACAGCAUCUUUGGGGCAGCUGGGAUCCCUGCAGAGAAGAUCCCGUACGUCACCCUGAGCACGGGCGGCGUUGAGACCCUGGCUGCCAUCUUCUCUGGCUUGGUCAUUGAGCGCCUGGGACGGAGACCCCUGCUCAUCGGUGGCUUCGGGCUCAUGGCCCUCUUCUUUGGGACCCUCACCAUCGCACUGACGCUGCAGGACCGCGCCCCCUGGGUCCCUUACCUGAGCACUGUGUGUGUCCUGGCCAUCAUCGCUUCCUUCUGCAGUGGGCCAGGGGGCAUCCCGUUCAUCCUGACUGGUGAGAUCUUCCAGCAGUCUCAGCGGCCGGCCGCCUUCAUCAUCGCGGGCACCGUCAACUGGCUCUCCAACUUCGCGGUCGGGCUCCUCUUCCCGUUCAUCCAGAAGAGUCUGGACACCUACUGCUUCCUGGUCUUCGCCACCAUCUGUGUCACAGGUGCCGUGUACCUCUAUCUUGUCCUGCCUGAGACCAAGAACAGAACCUACGCAGAAAUCAGCCAGGCGUUUGCCAAAAGGAACAAGGCAUACCCGCCGGAGGAGAAAAUUGGCUCGCUUGUCAUGGAUGAGAAGUCCAAUGGAAGGUCUGGUGCGGAUUCCUCUUGCGCGCUGAAUAAUGAGGUCAAAGACGGGAUUGUCUAAACUGGUGAUGUCACCCAUGCAGAGAACCAAGGGUUGCCCCACUUUUCGGAAGGCUCCGUGCAAGUGUUAACAUCCUUAACCAUUUAAAAGUAAGCCUGUGCUAACCUAACACACAGCCGAACCUCCCCGACCCCUCUGGAAGCUGGAAAGGACCGUCCUGUGUUCAGGAGACCCAGCGUUCUCCAGAGCGGUUGGCCCGCUGCUUCACGCCCUCACCCCUGCUUUCAUGGGGAAGUCGGGAGAGAGUGUUUGACUGCUUUCUCAGAGGACCACGCUGGUCUGAUGAGGGACUCGGUAGACUGGGAGUCACUGCCCGAGGUCCCAUCCCCGCUUUACCGUAAGUAGCCUGCCUUAAUCUGCCCUCACCCUAGGUCCUGCAGGGGCCCUGGGAAUUCAGUGUGAGCUGUCAGAAUCCAGUGGAAAGACUCUGAACUAGCAAACCCUGUUACCAACCUCGGCUCUCCCUUGUGGAUCUCGGGCGUAGGAGAACCUAACCCCAACCCCCUGCUGCAGGUUCUGCCUUUCCCCGGCCGUGUCCCCUGGGACUCAAGCUGUCUUCACCACAGGCCAUUACAUUCUGUGUGCUCACAAGGGCACAAAGGUCAAUGUGCAGAAGACUUAAAGAAGCAGAUACUAGAAAUAACUUGCAGUAACUGGGCAGGGACUGAAAAUCGAACUCGUUUCCAUUGAACAAAAGGAUUGGGAAUGAUUCUGAGGCUGAGCCUAGACUUGGUGGGAAAGAGCUUUGUGAGCGAUUGGUGAUGUCUACCAUGUGACAGAUUGGUGGUGUCUGUCAUGUGACGGAUUGGUGGUGUCUGUCAUGUGAUGGAUUAGUGAUGUCAAUCAUUUGAUGAAUUGGUGAUGUCUACCAUGUGAUGGAUUGGUGGUGUCUACCAUGUGAUGGAUUGGUGGUGUCAUGUGAUGGAUUGGUGAUGUCUACCAUGUGAUGGAUUGGUGAUGUCUACCAUGUGACGGAUUGGUGGUGUCUGUCAUGUGACGGAUUGGUGGUGUCUGUCAUGUGAUGGAUUGGUGGUGUCUACCAUGUGAUGGAUUGGUGGUGUCUGUCAUGUGAUGGAUUGGUAAUGUCUAUCAUGUGAUGGAUUGGUGAUGUCUAUCAUGUGAUGGAUUGGUGAUGUCUACCAUGUGAUGGAUUGGUGAUGUCUACCAUGUGAGGAUUGGUGAUGUCUACCAUGUGAUGGAUUGGUGAUGUCUAUCAUGUGACGGAUUGGUGGUGUCUGUCAUGUGACGGAUUGGUGGUGUCUACCAUGUGAUGGAUUGGUGGUGUCUACCAUGUGAUGGAUUGGAAAUGUCUAUCAUGUGAUGGAUUGGUGAUGUCUACCAUGUGAUGGAUUGGUGGUGUCUGUCAUGUGAUGGAUUGGUGAUGUCUACCAUGUGAUGGAUUGGUGGUGUCUGUCAUGUGAUGGAUUGGUGAUGUCUACCAUGUGAUGGAUUGGUGAUGUCUACCAUGUGAUGGGUUGGUGAUGUCUACCAUGUGAUGGAUUGGUGAUGUCUACCAUGAGGACAGGAGUGACAGUGUCAGCACAUGUACCUUCUGUUUGCUAGUCUAGGGAAGAUUUAUCUGAAAAUGUGGCAGACUGCCUUGAACAAUAGUGAGUCCUCAGAGCAGUCAGGCCAGGGUGGGUGCUGGCUUGUCUAGACUGUUGUUGAGUAAAGCUAAGUAUAAACUUCGGAGGAAGCUGUUGGGAGUAGCUGUCUUGAAGGGCUCUCCCUGCCUUUCCGGGCUAGGUCUGUUUUGGUUGGAGUGAUUUGCAGCCUGCCUAUGUAAUGUGUGGCUGGUGGCUUGGGUGAUACCCUAUGUUUGCCUCAAAGACAGACAAAAUGCAAAGUGCCCAUGAGUGAAUGAGGGUGCACUUGAUGUAGCCCCAGUGUGUUUGAGUUAUCUGUCAUAGAAGGAAUUGGACUAGAGAGGAAAGGCUGUGGACCUAGCAGUACCACUGGAAUCCUUUCAGCCAAAAUGCCUUCCAUCUUUGGGAUUGUUUCUGACAAAGGCAGCCUUAGCCAAAACCUGCGUCUGGUUUGCCUUUCCUGAUGAGUGUUCUUUCAUCACGGGACUGCUGACUCAGCACCCCAGGUAUCCAGCUUUGGCUUGGCCGGACAGUGUGGACAGUGUCAAUUUGGAGAGAAGGCGACACAUGGACUCAAGGCAUGUCUGAGAUCCAAAAAGCCUAAUAAAAUGUCAAUUUGAA